AUCACCGUCUCCGUAUUGCCUUCGCCUAUGGGGACAGAGGGAGUAAAAACAGUGAAUGCGCUGCAAUUCUGAUGUGUGUUACACUGGUGCCAUUAGGCUAAUACCGCCCGCGAGCAUGGCUACCGCGUCGGAAAGUCAGCAGCAGCCGUAGAGACGCUUUCACCGCCGCCCCUACCGCGGCGCGGAUCCACUCUUUCUUUCAAAUCUUACCAGCUAUGUUCAUUGUCUAUCUGCCUGCGCAGUGCAAUGGAUUUUUACCUAUCUAAUGUCAUAGAGCACAGCCUGCGGUGACUAGUCAGGCAGCAGUACGCGGCACACCAAGGGACUAAUAAAUAAGAUUGGACUAUAUAUAUUAAUUAUAUAGCUGGCGUUAGCUGCAACGAGGAAAAACAUCGCGGCAGGAACAAGGCUGGAAUUAUGAAGGUCUGCCACAAUGUCUAAGGCCACAGUGAACAAGCUGCACUGGCGUUCCAAGGUGCAGGAGAGUUUUGUUCCCCUGGGGGGUGGGUCUGGGGAGCUAGGUGUGGCCAUCGGGGGCGGGGCUGACUACGGAGAGUUCCCAUUCGUCACAGCAGCACCGGGAGGCGGGGCCACAGUGGGUGACGUCAUACUGGAGAUCGGGGGUACGCCCGUCCUGGGCAUGACACUAGGAGACGUGAGAGGGGUCCUCAACUCAUGCCCCCAUCCCAUACGCAUUAAAACUGUCUCGCCAGGCUCUACUCUGUGUAAGGACCUGAGGCUGUACCUGAGCAAGUGUUUCACUCCAGGAUCCAUGGACAGCCAACUGCAGCAGGUCAUCAGGGAGAACCUGUACCUCAGAGCCGUCCCCUGUACGACCAGACAGCCUCGCGACGGGGAGAUAUCAGGGGUGGAUUACAACUUCGUCUCCAUAGAAGAGUUCUUUUCCCUGGAAGAGUCUGGAGCCCUGCUGGAGAGUGGCAAGUUCAAAGGAAACUACUACGGGACGCCCCGCCCAGUCCACAUCGGCCCAGAGAGCCCACCAAUCACGUACCAGGAACACCGGAACCUGCUCCGGAACUUCAGGACACGCAGCAAGUCGCUAAGCAACCUAGAGAAGGCUGUAGAGGAGGGGGAGAACAGUGAGGAAGAUUCUGGACUGUCAGGGGGUUCAGUAGGCAUCAGCAGUGCCCCGCCCACAGCGCUAGCUCUCAGCCAAUCCUGGGACUCAAGGGACGGCGUGGGAGAAGAGAAUGGAGGGAGUAGCAUCGCCACACGAGGUGGAGGGGCACUGCCCGAGAAUUGGGAGCUGGCAUUCAGCGACUCAGGAGAGCCUUACUACAUAGAUCACAUCUCUAAGACCACCAGCUGGCUGGACCCCAGAGCUCAGAGCAGGGAGAUACUCAGCAAAACAGAGUUGCCUGCGUUCACGGACCAGCCGGCAGAGCUGAAGGGCUAUUCCAUCCACACCCGUCUGUCUAAAGGGCCGCGAGGGUUCGGCUUCAACAUAGUAGGAGGAAGCAAACAGAGAGAGUUUCUCCAGGUCUACAGCGUUACACCAGGAGGACCACCCGCCCUCAGCACAGCUGAUAUCCUGGUCUACAUCAAUGACAGCUGUGUCCUGGGUCUAUCUCAUAAAGAGGUGGUAGAGAUGUUGAAGUCUGUCCCUAUGGGUCACAGUGUGGACGUUGUGUUACGGAGAGGCUAUCCCAUGCUGUACAACCCAGACGGCUGUCCCAAACAACCCCUGACUCCCUCCGCUUCCUCCUCUCCUCUGGAACCCCUCAGCGCUGCAGCCACUCCUCCCUCCACAGCCACCGCUCAGCCCCUCUCCACCCCCGGUCCUGGCCCUGCCGAGCCACCCCAACCUCCCGGCCUGGCUAACCUGAACCGUACCCUGUCUCAUCACAACGGAAACUAUCUCAGAGUGGCGGGAAACUCAGGGUCGGGGCUGGACGCUAACGGGAACGCGGCAGACCUGUUGUCGGCUCCCCCCUCCUACCCGCUGUCUAAUGGAAUCCUUAGCUCUUCCGCCAGCUCAGCCUGUGCCCCCUCCUCCUCUCACAGUAGGGGCAUCCCCCCUCCUCCCCCGCCUGAACGAACCUCCGCCUCCGCCAGCCAGAGUGACUCAGAGGAAGGAGCCUCGGGUGGAGCGACACAGAGAUGGUCUCUGAUGCGCUACAACGCAAACUCCCUGCCCACCCCCUCCUCCAUACCCCACCACCAGAGUGACUUCACCACCUCCACCCUGCCCAUCUCCGUCUCCAAUCUGCCCCUGUCCCAGCCGGACGUGUGCACCACCACCACCCCUGGAGCCCCCUGCCAACGGCCCCCCAUGCCCCAGACCUCCCUCAUGCUCCCCUCGCCCACGGAGGUCCCCCCUUGCGGCUUCAACGGCUGCCCAGCCAACGUCCAACCCCAUGGGGGCCACAGCGCGCCCAGUGAGGGAGUACCUGGUGGGGCUGGAGGAGGGGAGCUGGUCCCUGUGCCCCUGGGGAGGAGUGAGGGGGGUGGGAUGGGGUUCAGUGUGACGGCGGGGGGGCAGGGGGGGCAGCUGGCCCUGGUGAAGAGGGUCUGGGACAGAAGGCAGUGCUCCUCCCUGCAGCCAGGGGAUGCUAUAGUCAAGAUCAACGGCGCUGACGUGCAGAGUCUCAGCUUCGCUCAGGUCCAGAGGGUUCUCCAGAAACACACCAGGCAGGGAGAAGUAGUGCUGUUGGUUUACAGAGGAGGGUCGCUCUUCUCUCCUGUCUCCCCUAACCUCUACAAGCCCCUCCCCUCUCCCCUGGGCCCCUCCUCCUCCCAUGGCCUCCCAUCUGACCUGCCUGCCUCCUCCUCCACCUCAGAUGCCUUGGUGCCCCUGCACCUCCCUCACAUCCCCCAUCUCCCCCCCAGCCACAGUGACCUCUCCCCAGCCUCGCCCUCCACAGAUCUCCCCUCCCUGGUCCAGAGCACAAGCUUUCUGGACUCAGUCCCUGUAACUCUCACCCUGGAACCCAGAGACUGGCUUGGGGUGGAGAACGGUGUUGGGGCCCCGGGUGUGUUGAGGCCCCCUGGAGGUUGGGGAGGAGGAGCAGGACUGGGGGCUGUGGCCAAGGGCCAGGUGGACAGACGAGGGGGAGGGGUCAGGGGACAGGAGGUGGAGCUACGGAGACGGCCGGGGGAGGGGUUUGGCUUCAUCAUCGCCUCAAAGGACCUGGCCAAUGGGGCCUCGUCCAUGCUGUCCCACAGGUUUGUGACAGUGCGUGGGGGCAGCCCUGCGGCCCGGUCAGGUCAGAUCCAGCCGGGUGACCAGCUAGAGGCAGUGGAGGGGCGGUCCGUUGUCACCCUGCCUCACAGAGACCUGGCACAGAUACUGAGACGUGCUGGAAACACACUCAGACUCACCAUCAUACCAAGACUUAACCCCAACUCCUCUAGUAUGUCAGAAGGCCCGGAGUUAGACGCUGGUGGCAGGACAAGGAAAGGCCACAGAGGGAGGCCCAAGGUGAGGCUUCAGCAGGACCAGCGUUACUAUAGUGUAGACCUAGAGAGAGGUCCUACAGGUUUUGGCUUCAGUCUGCGGGGGGGCAGUGAGUACAACAUGGGCCUGUAUGUCCUGGGACUGAUGGAGGGAGGACCUGCCUCACGCAGCCACAAGAUACAGGUGAGUGACCAGCUGGUGGAGAUAAAUGGUGACAGUACAACAGGAAUGACCCACAGCCAGGCCGUAGAGCAGAUAAGAAGAGGAGGACAUCGUAUACACCUGGUACUGAAGAAAGGAAACGGAUACGUCCCAGACUAUGACCAUGAUCCCAGAGCAGUCUCCCCCUCCUCCUAUCUCUACCCAGAGGAGCCGGGUGUGGCUGCAGUAGAUAAAACACGCUCUCUGCCAACGAAGAGCGGAAGGGUGGAUAGAGGAGGAGGACAUAGGGAGAGGGAGAAGAGAAGGAGGCAGAGGAAGGGAGGUAGUCUGGGGGAAAGGAGUAGCAGAGGAGGAGGAGGAGGACGAGGUACUCCUGACACAGACCUGGAUUGUCACGAGGAGGAGGAGGAGGACGAGGAGGAGGAGGAGAGUCAGGUCAUCAGCCACAGAGGUCAGAAGUCAGAGGAUAAGGACAACGGAAAAUGUACCCAGAGUUCACCCAAGAACGUACUAAGGAACUCAGACAGACAAGAGGAGGUAGUGGAGACAGUGCCGGAGGUGAGGCACAGCAGGGUCAAACAGAGGUCAAAACAGUUGAGGAGCAGGACAACACAAAGUGAGAGGAGAGAGGAAAUAGAGGAGCUGGACAUACACAUACCUCACUCAGCCAGUAAAACACAGGAGAAGGUGGGAGGGAGGGAAGGUGGGAGGAGGAAGAGGGAGGGACAAAGGGAGAAAGAGAGGGAGAGGAAGGCUGAGAUGAAGGUAAAGACAAGGGCUGCCGGACCUGUGGUGGAGGAUUCUGGGCCGGAAAAAAGGGACAGACCCCCAGAGAAAGAGAGAGAGCGAGCUCCCUUCUCCUUCCUCAUGCCACUGCAGGAUGGAGAUGCUGAACUGUCUAAUGCAGAGUCAGGGGCCUCAGGAGCCUCCGGGGCCAGCUUCUCUGACCAGGUCAGUGUGUCUGCUGCCAGUGUCUCUGGAUCCACCGCCGGGGCCCCACCUGGGUGGGGAGAACCCAGAGAACUGAGAGGGGACCCAGGAAGCACCCAGUCAUGGUGUCCGGCCACCCAUGCAUCCCACAACCCGGGCCCCUGGAGAAGUACACAGUCACGGGGGGCCACCUACGCCGGCCCCGGCCCCUGGAUUAAACCCAGCCAGCAGAAACUGACUCAGGUGUUGGUGGGACACAGGCUGAGAGGAGGUCUUGACCUGUAGUUGAGAGGAAGAGAUGGACAACUGACUGUUCCUGUGGUGCUGAUUAACAGAAGGAGUGUUGUGGUCUUUCUGAUAACUUCCCCAAAAGCAGAAAUCCUGGUUGGAGGAUUCCCAGAUUUCCUGCUUAUUCCCUCAUAAUUCCAGGGAUCCUCCAACCAGAAUUUUUGGGCAAGUUACCAGAAUUUUGCAACCCUAGGUUUGACUGGCAGCUCCUCCAACCUAUUGUGGUCCUGACUGGUUUGACUGGCAGCUCCUCCAACCUAUCGUGGUCCUGACUGGUUUGACUGGCAGCUCCUCCAACCUAUUGUGGUCCUGACGGGUUUGACUGGCAGCUCCUCCAACCUAUCGUGGUCCUGACUGGUUUGACUGGCAGCUCCUCCAACCUAUCGUGGUACUGACUGGUUUGACUGGCAGCUCCUCCAACCUAUCGUGGUCCUGACUGGUUUGACUGGCGGCUCCUACAACCUAUCGUGGUCCUGACUGGUUUGACUGGCAGCUCCUACAACCUAUCGUGGUCCUGACUGGUUUGACUGGCAGCUCCUACAACCUAUCGUGGUCCUGACUGGUUUGACUGGCGGCUCCUCCAACCUAUCGUGGUCCUGACUGGUUUGACUGGCAGCUCCUACAACCUAUCGUGGUCCUGACUGGUUUGACUGGCAGCUCCUCCAACCUAUCGUGGUCCUGACUGGUUUGACUGGCAGCUCCUCCAACCUAUCGUGCAUUAGAGCCUAGGACAACAACAAGACAGGACACUCCCAUGUCCACAGCACCCCAAAUCCCCGUUAAGCCAUUUCUUGACUUGGACACUCCCCCUGUCCACAGCACCCGAAACCCCCGUUAAGCCAUCUCUAGACUAGGAUACUCCCGUCCACAGCACCCCAAAUCCCCGUUAAGCCAUCUCUCGACUAGGACACUCCCCCUGUCCACAGCACCCCAAAUCCCCCGUUAAGUCAUCUCUCGACUAGGACACUCCCCCUGCCCACAGCACCCCAAACCCCUGUUAAGCCAUCUCUAGAUUAGGACACUCCCCCUGCCCACAGCACCCCAAACCCCCGUUAAGCCACCUCUAGACUAGGAAACUCCCCCUGUCCACAGCACCUCAAAUCCCCGUUAUAAGCCAUCUCUCGACUAGGUCUCACCAGCCAUGCCCAUAAGUCUCCCCAAUGCCACUGUCUAUCUAUCUACAGUUAGUCCGCCAUCACCCUUGAUUGGUUUCAUUGGAUCUACGUUCUAUAUCAUCAUGAGUGGUAUCAUCUUCAACGUAAUCAUUGUCAUCAGAAAUGUUUUAUGAUGCAAAUGCAAGGGGCAACAGCAUCAACAAUUGCAUAUAUCAACCCUCUCUCUACAAACCCACAUGGAGUGUUUUAGUGCCACCUAGAGGCUGUAGUGGUGUACUGUAGAUCGAAAGAGAGCAAAGCCACAACUACAGGACAUUUAUAAUAUAUUCUUUUCUUAUUUGUUUCUAUUAUAUAAUUUUAGCAUGCUAUUUUAUUUUGAUAGCAUUUACAGAGACUAAGAUAAAUGACCCAAGAGAGAAAUGAUUUGCCUCCUGCUUGCUUGCUUGGCCUGGAUUUUAAACUCUCCUUAAAGUCUUUCUUAUAUAGUAUUUUAUAGUUGUUAUAGAUGUCUGGGGGACAGUAAUUAUACUGUUAUAUAAAGUUUAUAUACUGUAAGUAUAUUUACUAUUAUAUAUAUAUAUAUAUAUAUAUAUAUAUAAUGACUAGUGAUCUAUGUCUCUACAGAUCUCUCUACUGGUGCCUUCAUGUCUCUAGCCAAGCCGGUGUUUACUAAAUAAAGUAUUGAGUGUGCGUCCGCACCGUUUUCCUUAUAUUAUAUGCAUUCGUUUUGCAGGGACACGCAGCCAUUGUCACAUAACUGAACGGAUACAUCAGCAAGCAGCAAAGACUCAAUGACUUUGAUACCAGUAAAAUACAAAAAAAAAAGCGGUCGGUGAAUUGAAGAAGUGAAUCAAUGUCAUAACAAAGUGCCUCAUGGUCAAUUUUCCUUUGGAAACACUACUUUCCUUUAAAAACUACGACUAAGCCAUGUAGUAUCUAGAGUGUAUUGGUACACCUUGCAUUAUGGGUAAUGUAGUACUACAUACACUAUGCACCACAACACAGAGAUGUCCUGUCAGAACUAGCGAGGUGGCCCUUGUCUACUAGUCUCUAAUGCUAAUCCAUAGCGAUGUGGCCCUUGUCUACUAGUCUCUAAUGCUAAUCCAUAGCGAUGUGGCCCUUGUCUACUAGUCUCUGAUGCUAAUCCAUAGCGAGGUGGCCGUUGUCUACUAGUCUAUAAUGCUAAUCCAUAGCGAGGUGGCCCUUGUCUACUAGUCUCUGAUGCUAAUCCAUAGUGAGGUGGCCGUUGUCUACUAGUCUCUGAUGCUAAUCCAUAGUGAGGUGGCCCUUGUCUACUAGUCUCUAAUGCUAAUCCAUAGCGAGGUGGCCCUUGUCUACUAGUCUCUGAUGCUAAUCCAUAGUGAGGUGGCCCGUGUCUAUUAGCCUCUAAUGCUAAUCCAUAGCGAGGUGGCCCUUGUCUACUAGUCUCUGAUGCUAAUCCAUAGCGAGGUGGCCGUUGUCUACUAGUCUAUAAUGCUAAUCCAUAGCGAGGUGGCCCUUGUCUACUAGUCUCUAAUGCUAAUCCAUAGCGAGGUGGCCCUUGUCUACUAGUCUCUGAUGCUAAUCCAUAGCGAGGUGGCCCGUGUCUAUUAGCCUCUAAUGCUAAUCCAUAACGAGGUGGCCCUUGUCUACUAGUCUCUGAUGCUAAUCCAUAGCGAGGUGGCCGUUGUCUACUAGUCUCUAAUGCUAAUCCAUAACGAGGUGGCCCUUGUCUACUAGUCUCUAAUGCUAAUCCAUAGCGAGGUGGCCCUUGUCUAGUAGCCUCUAAUGCUAAUCCAUAGCGAGGUGGCCCUUGUCUACUAGCCUCUAAUGCUAAUCUAUUGCAAGGUGGCCCUUGUCUACUAGUCUCUAAUGCUAAUCCAUAGUGAGGUGGCCCUUGUCUACUAGUCUCUGAGGCUAAUCCAUAGCGAGGUGGCCCUUGUCUAGUAGCCUCUAAUGCUAAUCCAUAGCGAGGUGGCCCUUGUCUACUAGUCUCUAAUGCUAAUCCAUAGUGAGGUGGCCCUUGUCUACUAGUCUCUAAUGCUAAUCCAUAGCGAGGUGGCCCUUGUCUACUAGUCUCUAAUGCUAAUCUAUAGUGAGGUGGCCCUUGUCUAUUAGCCUCUAAUGCUAAUCCAUAGCGAGGUGGCCCUUGUCUACUUGUCUCUGAUGCUAAUCCAUAGUGAGUUGGCCCUUGUCUACUAGUCUCUAAUGCUAAUCCAUAGCGAGGUGGCCCUUGUCUACUAGUCUCUAAUGCUAAUCUAUAGUGAGGUGGCCAUUGUCUAUUAGCCUCUAAUGCUAAUCCAUAGCGAGGUGGCCCUUGUCUACUAGUCUCUGAUGCUAAUCCAUAGUGAUGUGGCCCUUGUCUACUAGUCUCUGAUGCUAAUCCAUAGUGAGGUGGCCCUUGUCUACUAGUCUCUGAUGCUAAUCCAUAGCGAGGUGGCCCUUGUCUACUAGUCUCUGAUGCUAAUCCAUAGUGAGGUGGCCCUUGCCUACUAGUCUCUAAUGCUAAUCCAUAGCGAGGUGGCCCUUGUCUACUAGUCUCUGAUGCUAAUCCAUAGCGAUGUGGCCCUUGUCUACUAGUCUCUAAUGCUAAUCCAUAGCGAGGUGGCCCUUGUCUACUAGUCUCUGAUGCUAAUCCAUAGCGAGGUGGCCCUUGUCUACUAGUCUCUGAUGCUAAUCCAUAGCGAUGUGGCCCUUGUCUACUAGUCUCUGAUGCUAAUCCAUAGCGAGGUGGCCCUUGUCUAUUAGCCUCUAAUGCUAAUCCAUAGGGAGGUGGCCCUUGUCUACUAGUCUAUAAUGCUAAUCCAUAGCGAGGUGGCCCUUGUCUAUUAGCCUCUAAUGCUAAUCCAUAGCGAGGUGGCCCUUGUCUACUUGUCUCUGAUGCUAAUCCAUAGCGAGGUGGCCCUUGUCUACUAGUCUCUGAUGCUAAUCCAUAGCGAGGUGGCCCUUGUCUACCAGCCUCUGAUGCUAAUCCUUAGCGAUGUGGCCCUUGUCUACUAGUCUCUGAUGCUAAUCCAUAGCGAGGUGGCCCUUGUCUACUAGUCUCUGAUGCUAAUCCAUAGCGAUGUGGCCCUUGUCUACUAGUCUCUGAUGCUAAUCCAUAGCGAGGUGGCCCUUGUCUACUAGUCUCUGAUGCUAAUCCAUAGCGAGGUGGCCCUUGUCUACCAGCCUCUGAUGCUAAUCCAUAGCGAGGUGGCCCUUGUCUACUAGCCUCUAAUGCUAAUCCAUAGCGAUAUGGCCCUUGUCUACUAGCCUUUAAUGCUAAUCCAUAGCACACAGUACAGAUCAAUGUUAUAUCACUGUGAUCAUCCCCAUUUCAACUCCUCAUGUGUUUCAGUAAGUCAAACCUCUGAUGUAAGAUACAAUGAACAGACACAUAACGUCUAAGAAUCUUGUCUGCACUUCUCUCUCCUCCCCCCUCAUCCCUCCCUUCCCUCAUCCUUUCUUCCUCCCUCCCGCCCUUCCCUCCUUCAUUCCUUCCCUCCCUCCCUUCCUCCCUUCCCUCCUCCAUUACUCCCCCUUCCCUCACCCCUAUCCUCCCCCUCAUCCCUCCCUUCUCUCCUCCCUUCCUCCCUCCCCCAUAUCAUGCUCUGGUGACUUGCCUGUUGCUAAAUAUCAAUUAUUAUACACUAUCAGUUCAUCUGAAAUGGCACCCUAUUCCCUAUAUGGGCCCUGGUCAAAAAGUAGUGCACUACAUAGGGAAUAGGGUUUCAUUUGAGACGCAUACUAUGAUGUUGAGUUUUUAGGAUACUGACUGACUACAAGGGCAUUUUGAUACUGGUCUUCUAUGCAUUUUGUAAGACUCGCUUAUUUAGUUAUUUGCUGUAGGAGUUUUGUUUCACCACGCUAUAGCUAUAUACAGGACACUCUGACGGUGUGCUAUAGUUUAGUUAGUAGACAGAAUAACAAGAGUUUUGGUAAAUGUACAGAUUAAAAAUGUGUGCCGGGACUUUGGUACAUACACACUUAUGCAUCCAAUAUUUACCUCGUCCUCUCCUGAGCAAUAAAAAAAGCCAUUUUUUCUCACGUCUGCUAAAGUUAUGCAACAUGUAGCUUCACAUGAGCUCAAUGAGGUAAAAUAAAAACCUGGGUCGUGUUCAUUAUGCACCAAACGGAAGACAACGGUGUGAAACGGGGCAGGGACUAUACCUGAAAGGCUCAUUUUUGUUUUGUGUUUUGCGAAACAUUUUAAAACGUUGCGUGGCCUAAUGAAUGUAACCGUGCUAGAAGGUAAAGCAUGGAUUGAAUGAACUACUGUAGUUGAUAAAGUAUUACAUUGUAUUUGAUUAUAAAGGGUUUUGGAGAAUUACCAUUUUAACGUGCUUGUCUGCGCUGACAGGCGGGAGCGAAGAGACACCAUUUUGUCACUGGAAGAUUUGAGACAAAGCAAGCUAAUCUACUUCUGAUAGGUCAAAACACCACUCCAAACUAUAUACAGUGUAUGUAGCAUUACAUUCUGAUAGGUCAAAACACCACUCCAAACUAUAGACAGUGUUUGUAGCAUUACAUUCUGAUAGGUCAAAACAUCACUCCAAACUAUAGACAGUGUAUGUAACAUUACAUUCUGAUAGGUCAAAACACCACUCCAAACUAUAGACAGUGUUUGUAGCAUUACAUUCUGAUAGGUCAAAACACCACUCCAAACUAUAGACAGUGUUUGUAACAUUACAUUCUGAUAGGUCAAAACACCACUCCAAACUAUAGACAGUGUUUGUAGCAUUACAUUCUGAUAGGUCAAAACACCACUCCAAACUAUAGACAGUGUAUGUAGCAUUACAUUCUGAUAGGUCAAAACACCACUCCAAACUAUAUACAGUGUAUGUAGCAUUACAUUCUGAUAGGUCAAAACACCACUCCAAACUAUAUACAGUGUUUGUAGCAUUACAUUCUGAUAGGUAAAAACACCACUCCAAACUAUAGACAGUGUUUGUAGCAUUACAUUCUGAUAGGUCAAAACACCACUCCAAACUAUAGACAGUGUUUGUAGCAUUACAUUCUGAUAGGUCAAAACACCACUGCAAACUAUAGACAGUGUUUGUAGCAUUACAUUCUGAUAUGUCAAAACACCACUCCAAACUAUAGACAGUGUUUGUAACAUUACAUUCUGAUAGGUCAAAACACCACUCCAAACUAUAGACAGUGUUUGUAGCAUUACAUUCUGAUAGGUCAAAACACCACUGCAAACUAUAGACAGUGUUUGUAGCAUUACAUUCUGAUAUGUCAAAACACCACUCCAAACUAUAGACAGUGUUUGUAACAUUACAUUCUGAUAGGUCAAAACACCACUCCAAACUAUAGACAGUGUUUGUAGCAUUACAUUCUGAUAGGUCAAAACACCACUCCAAACUAUAGACAGUGUUUGUAGCAUUACAUUCUGAUAGGUCAAAACACCACUCCAAACUAUAGACAGUGUUUGUAACAUUACAUUCUAAUAUGUCAAAACACCACUCCAAACUAUAGACAGUGUUUGUAACAUUACAUUCUGAUAGGUCAAAACACCACUCCAAACUAUAGACAGUGUUUGUAACAUUACAUUCUGAUAGGUCAAAACACCACUCCAAACUAUAGACAGUGUAUGUAACAUUACAUUCUGAUAGGUCAAAACACCACUCCAAACUAUAGACAGUGUUUGUAGCAUUACAUUCUGAUAGGUCAAAACACCACUCCAAACUAUAGACAGUGUUUGUAGCAUUACAUUCUGAUAUGUCAAAACACCACUCCAAACUAUAGACAGUGUUUGUAGCAUUACAUUCUGAUAGGUCAAAACACCACUCCAAACUAUAGACAGUGUUUGUAGCAUUACAUUCUGAUAUGUCAAAACACCACUCCAAACUAUAGACAGUGUUUGUAGCAUUACAUUCUGAUAGGUCAAAACACCACUCCAAACUAUAGACAGUGUUUGUAGCAUUACAUUCUGAUAGGUCAAAACACCACUCCAAACUAUAUACAGUGUAUGUAGCAUUACAUUCUGAUAGGUCAAAACACCACUCCAAACUAUAUACAGUGUAUGUAGCAUUACAUUCUGAUAGGUCAAAACACCACUCCAAACUAUAUACAGUGUAUGUAACAUUACAUUCUGAUAGGUCAAAACACCACUCCAAACUAUAUACAGUGUAUGUAACAUUACAUUCUGAUAGGUCAAAACACCACUCCAAACUAUAGACAGUGUAUGUAGCAUUACAUUCUGAUAGGUCAAAACACCAC